GCAGGCAGAGACUUCACGGAAGACACACGCAGAAACCCUGUCACCAGUAGCGGUUCCCACAUCAUCCAUGCCCCCUCAUGCCAUCCAGGCCACCCCGCCGGCUGAAGGAGAGGGUGCACUCUCUGAGAUGAAGUAUGAGGGAUGGCACAAGAUGUGGGAGUCUGGUAGCUACGGUCUGCCCACACCGGAUCAACAGUGGCUGAAGGAGGACGAGGAGCGGGGGCUCUUCCAAAAGCCCAUGUCUUACGUGGACAAAAACGGGAGAACGCGGUGGAGGAGAAUCCUCAAGGAUGACCGCAUGUGGUUUUUCCCACCCGAGACCCCUGGCGUGGUAGGGGGGAGAGUGCCCUCGGCUGACGGCUUUUUUAAGAGCCGGGUGUUUUUUUGGAGACCAGUGGGGGUGUGGCGGUACGGUCUUCGUUGCCCUAGGCCUGAGUGUCCUGCGAGGGACAAGACCAACGUGUUCCUCUACAGGUGUGGGUACUCGAAGACCGUCCGUCAGAUCUGUGACGUGGGGGGCUGGUACUCCAUGCUGACGGAGGUUCUGGCCUGCAACGCCUGCCGGAAAGCCGCCAAAGACUCGGAGGAGCACGCCAUCGGCCGGUUCCUGUCGUGGGAGGAGGGUGUCUUGCGACAACUGACUCCAGCGCACAGAGCCGUAUUUCCGGCCGUGUUAACAUUACGGCGUGGUGUGGACAAGGCGGUGAUCCGCCUCCUGAGGGACCGCACCGAGGGGAACACCAUGACCAAGGUGUGGAGGCAGGUGAUGGAGGGUCAUUGUGAGGAGUACCUGCAAAGGAAGGACCUUUACACCACACUCCUCACCCAGUACACGCAACCUGGAACGAUAACAAGCCUCCUGACUCCCCAGUUCCAGCGACCCCCACAGAGGAGAGAGCUACCCUCGCCUAAGCUGCUGCGGAAAGCGUUCCUCAUUGCUGAGGCGGAAAACAUUGAGGACUACCGCACGCAGAUCAUGUCCACGUUCGGCAAGGUCCUCAAGUACGACUCCACAAAGAAGAUCUGCAAGAAGUUGUCGGGUGACGGCAAGGGCACUGCGGAGUGGUGCACCAACGUGGCCAACGAGCGGGGGCAGAUCCUCAUCUCCGUCCUGACCUGCGAGGAGUCGUUGGACAAGAUGAGGCCGAUGGCUGAGGGGCUCAUGGCAAGGUAUGAGAGGGCAGGAGAGGCACCGCCUGAACUGUUGUACGUGGACCGUGGCUGCUGUCGUGUCCUGGGUGUUUCCUCGGUGGAGCAGCUGUUCAGUGGAUGGGCAGAGGCAGGGAUGCUCGUUCGUCUGGACGUGUUCCACUGGAUUCACCGCUUUGACGCCGCCCUCAGGACCGACCACCACCCCAAGUACGCCCUCUUUAAGUCGGCGUUGUCUGCUGCGGUCUUUGCAUACAACAAGGACGACAUGGCACUUCUCCUGCACGCGAUUCGUGCCGGGCACACAACCAGGUAUGCCUCCCUGACCGACGGUGAGCUCAUGGAGACGCAUGUCACCAAGCGCGACCUGAGCCACUACGUCAGGAGGAUCACUGUUGGGGCCCAGGAGACGUUUGCGCGCGUCCAGAGUGCCAUCGACAUCCUGAAGGGCGGCGCUGGGAUGGACGAAAACCAGGUCCAUCUCUUCAAAGACGCCGCAGCAGUGGAUCACGUGUGGGCCAACCAGCAGAAGCACCUGGAGUGCAUCCAGGAUCCACCGGGGCGGAACAUGUACACCGUGAAGAGGUACGUCAUCCGCAACGGUGUGAGGCUUCCGCACUACACCACCGUGAGGGGGAGCAACAGCCUGGAGGGCUUCCACUCCUUCUUGCCCCGCAUGAUCCCGGGCCCUCACUGUGCUGCCGUACCCUUUCAGGUGUACCUCCUGGCCGGCAUCGCUCGCUGGAACUCUGACAGGGAGUCGGCGAGUGUGAGAGGGCAAAAGGGAAGGAGGCACAUGGUCUACCGGUCUCCUCUUGUCCACCGCCUGAACCAGCGGUGUCAGGAGCUGUUUGGGGAGGUGGAGGAGGUGAACUACAGGCCUCCUGUUCCAGCUGGUGAUGAGCGGAUAGGACUGGAGUACCUGUUUGCUCAGUCUGCUGCCGAGCCAUUCAGCGCCCCUGACCACUACGUUCAGGCCCGUGAGGCGCUCCAGCAGGCAGAGGACGAAGGAGAUGAUGAGGUGGAGGAAUCCCCAGUGGAUGCGGAGGAGGUGGAGGAGGUGGUGGUGGAGGAGGAGGAGGACGGCGAUGCAGGCUACACCUCUGACGGUGAGGGUGACACACUAACACCGCUCAGAAAGAACAUCUCCCUCACCGACCAGGCCGUGGCUGCCGAGCUCGACCCCUGUGUGGAGGACGUGUGCGGGCCCAGCCAUCUGCCGGGGUACGAGCAUGUCGAGGAGCUGAGCCGUGUCCUGGUUGGCAUUGCCUUGGAGGAGGGGAAGCUUGCCAUCACCAACUCCACCAGGCAGAGAGUCAUCGCUGCAUGGAACAAGCUGGACCUCCACGACAGAAGCAUCCAGCAGUUUGACUCCCUGUACUCUGCUCGCUGGGGAAAUGCCCUCUUCAGCCGCACAAGUGGCGAUCCAGCAGAGUCGGCGUUAGUACAGAAGCUGAAAUUCAGCAAGAGGUACUCCGCCGCACAUCUGCUGGAUUCCAGGAAGAACAGGCUGAUGUACUGCAUCAUCAAGCAGCUCUGGCUCCAUCCCAGCUGUGGCGGCAAGGCUCGAGGGUCACCACAGAAACAGCAGAUCACCUCCAUGUACCAGCGGGUGCAGCAGAGGGUGACUGUGGAUGACGCCGAGCUCAGCAGGCUGGGGAUUCCAAUCCUAAAAGUUAACAGCAAGUGUGUGUCCGAGUUCAUCCGCAGACAAGAGGCCUUGUCUGCGAAGAACGUCACGGACCAGGGGUUGGAUGUCCUCCGUCGCCACCAGAGCGUAGCGGGUGAUGAUGACACCGCCACUCAAACCCCUGCACCAGAGUUGCCAGUGGAGAGGCCCCACACCAGCCGACCUCAGGUGGAGUAUGAGGUCACGCCAUCUUUGGCUGGAACGCGACUGCUCAAAGCCAGAGUCCCCCGCCCCGUCCCCUGCCCCAUCCUUCCUAAACCAGCAGCAGUAACGCCAUUAAGCCAAACCAGUCUCCAAGCCACCCAGUCCAGUCAGGGAGUGAUGCCCGCAUCAGUGAUACUUACCUUGUCCACGGUGCAGGAUCCCACGCCAUCCGCUGCCUCGUCCUCGUGGUCCCAGGCUCCCACGGCAACUGCUGCUGCCUCAUCCUCGUCACAGGCGUUAUCUAGAUCAACGAUCUAUAAAAGAAGACAAGAUGAGCGCGCAGGGUCUGGACCGCCACGCCAGAUGAAAGCUUACGCCUGUGCCCUCUGCGGCCAGCUCACACAAGGCCACAGAAAGUACAGGAAGAAGACCUUCUGUGAAGCUUCAAAGUCCUCCCCAUCAAAGGACUUUUCUGCAAUGGACCCUCUGAUGCCUGUCCUGUCCAUUUUGGACAAGACAGUGCCGAAAGAUAGGCAACAAUGCCUCCUAAGGGCAUCUAAGGAGGCCAAAGCUAUUAGGCAGCCCCAUCUGACACAAGGGGACGAUGGGUUAAGAGAUCCCAAAACAGCUUUGGAAGAAGCUAAGAGGAGGUGCCGGAUGGUCACUCCAGACCCCACCGAGGUGCAGUGCCUGGGCCAGCUGGUGCUGACCUUUGGGAAAUACAGUGGGAAGAGUUUCAGGUGGCUGGCAGAAAAUGAUGUGGGGUACAUUAAAUAUGUCCUUGAUCGCCAUAUCAAGGAGUGCCGCCAUCCUGAAAGGGGUCCCAUUAAUGACCAGUGGGUCAAAGACCAUCUUGUGCAGUAUGUGCAGCUGUUCCCUGCCAUUUCCUGCCACCUGGAGGUAAAUGUAGACCGGGCGAUCUACGGACAGGGCCGCUUUAGGUCCUUUACCUUCCAGGAGAUGUGGCAGUGGCACAGUCUGCACAAACGCCUGCACGCCGACCCCCAAGCUGGCAGCGAUCAUGAGCGGCGGAUGGCCCUGGAGGCACACACCUCCGUGAAACAGUGGCUGGCCAUGAAGGAGGAGGACAUCAGCGCCAAGUCCUUGAAGAGGUUCAGGCAGUAUAUCCUUGACAAGGAGAAACAUCAACAGGAUACGGCUGCCUCUUCCAGCGCCCCCAAGGCCUCUGCUGCUGCGUCUGCCUCCAUCUCCACAGCCCCCGCAGCUGUGUCCACCACUGCCAUGGUCCAUCCAGCCCCCGCAGCUGUGUCCACCACUGCCAUGGUCCAUCCAGCCCCCGCAGCUGUGUCCACCACUGCCAUGGUCCAUCCAGCCCCCGCAGCUGUGUCCACCACUGCCAUGGUCCAUCCAGCCCCCGCAGCUGUGUCCACCACUGCCAUGGUCCAUCCAGCCCCCGCAGCUGUCUCCGCCUCAGCUUUCAAGGCCCCUGCAGCUGUCUUCGCCUCAGCAUUCAGGCCCGCUGCUGCUGUGUCCACCACUGCCGCCAAGGCCUCUGCUGCUGCGCUUUUCACCACCUCCAAGGGCAAGGGCUCUGCCAAAGCCUCUGCCACCACCUCCAAGGGCAAGGGCUCUUCCAAAGCCUCUGCCACCACCUCCAAAGGCAAGGGCUCUGCCGCUGUGUCUGCCAUCUCCUCCAAGCCAACAUCUGCUCCAGCUGUGUUCGCCUCUGUCCACGCCUCCUCCUUGUCAUCGGAUGAUGAUGAUGAUGAUGCUCUGAUGGUGGAAGCUCUGGCCACUAUUGAAAGACAAGGUAUUUGA